AUAGUGAAUACAGCGGRAUGUAAGGCUCAAAUCCGCGUGUCAUGUUAUCGAUUUGAUCAAAGUUUUCUACUCAGUGCGUUAUCAAAUCUGGCCAAGMGAUCAUUUCAACCAACAGUAGAAAGGAAGAUCUGCGAUGCUGUUUCUAAAGCUAUAAGUAAAAAGGGGAAAGUGUUACCGACUCUAUAUCCUGAAACCCAUUUGUUAGCAGGUUUGCCGUGCAGUAUGGUUAGUUAUCCUAUUACCAAGCAACCAAUAGUAGAGCAAGAUUACGUGGAUUUCUUGAUAACGGGAAAAGUGAUUUCUACCUGUCGACCGUCAAAUCAAUCUUCGCGCGUUGGCAAAAAGAUCWCGAGAUUAGUACCAAAUAAACAUAAAAUGCUGAGUAUYUCAUUUUCUGAUGAUUUCCUCAAUUUGCUUUUACACAGACAUUACGAGUUGAUAUCAGCCUCCAUCCAAGCAGUGACCGUACCGACCGUGCAGACGACCUCCAAUGGUUCAGUUUUGUCGUUCAAAGCAAAGACCAGGGCGUGGAUCAAGUCUCAAGGGUCAUCGAAAAUGUCAAUGCCGUUAGAUAGAAUUGAUAGUUUUGAAAGUAAAGUUGUGUUUCAAGAAAAACAAAAGAAGAUAUCUGCGAAGGUUAUGAAUUUGAGGACCGUGUUACCAUGGAGAUGGACAUCCAAGUCUAGCAAGACAAGCAACGCGACUUAG